CCUAAACAAAAAUAACCAAGCCGGACAUGUGCCGAUUUGGAGUCGAGGUAGUUCAGGCAUGGAGUUGGGCCACAAGGGCACCACAUCGCGAGCUGCGCGGGACCCAAUCACGACGGCAGGACGCACAUCAUGCAGUAAUCUGCUUCCGUGCUGCCAUCUGGCAGCACUAGACGGGACAGGGUCAUUUACCCGUGGCUGGGGAAACAGACAGCCCAAGAUUUCGCCCCAAGAGGUCAUCGCCAACAGCACAGAAAACUCACUGCCACUGUUUUGGUACUCGGCCCCAAGGUGUGUGGACUACCGGGCCUGAGGCAUGGCAGAUGCCAACCGGCGCUAAACAAGGGAGAAGGUGAGUUGGCAACAGCUGGCGUCGACAGCGUGUCAAUGUCGUGCGGGCGGUUGUUCCUGCUGGAUGGAGUCUGUCUCAGGAUGAACCCAGAGCGCUGACAUUGGUAGACUGGAGAUGAGAUGACGCACGGCGCCGGGUCAGAUCCGAGAGGCUAGUGGUUCAGGACGAGGUGAGGAAGCCAAUGCUCAAGUACGCAGAAACGCAUGGUGUUGUUCAAGUUGGGACUUUUGAACGUCAUGGCGAUAGAUAUCAAUCUCCGACGGAGACAGCUCGUGAUCGUCCAGCUGAUAUGACAUCCGAGUAUCCCGGAAUUGAUGCCAAAAGAGAUCCGAUCCGAUCAUGAUCGGGUCACACGGACGGAACCGAGAGAUAUGCCGGCCUACCAAAUCAACGGAAGGGCGCCUGGUCAGGGCCAACAGGAGAAGGCUGACGGCAGAAGCGUGGGAGACUGUGAAGGUCAGCACUUUUACCCCGCGGCGUAACAGAUCACCCCGCAUCACCCACCACAAGGGAAGUUGGGGCCAUGGGACCUUUGCGACAGGGCUUUGAUUGGUUGGAUAAGGGAAUCUUAUCGAUACCCCAGGUACGGAUAGCAACGGCUGUCCUCGGUCCAAUUGGUUCUGAAGCUCAGGUUCCGCCAAAAAUGUCAAAAAAAUUCCAUGGCUUCCGUUGCGACACCAUCAUAACCACCGCUUGCCAACGCGUUGUAUCGGUUUUCUCUCCCCUGCCAUUGACGCAAUCUAUGCAUCAAUUCAUCCCAAGGGCGUGACGUCCUUCAAAUGGGUCCGAUGUAGCAAUCCGAGAUUCGUGCGGCUUUGCUCUGCGAAGUCGGCCAACCACCCCGAGUCCCACCGCUUUGCGACUCAUUCGUUCGUCCCUUUCGGUGCUCCGUGGUCCACCUCCUCCAAUGAGUCAGGAAGCCGUUCCUUACCCAGCGCCGACUUUUGCCCCUGCGCCGCUGCCCGUUGAGCUCCGUUGCUCGGAAGGGACGGGGUGUUUACCCAGAUUAUCGGUGUGACGUGCGUCUGCAGGCUGUCGUUUAAGGGGUCCAGUGCGCCGGAACCUGGAUCUGACCCUGAAAAUGUCGAGAGAGAGUCAAAGUAUUUAUCAUGGAUGAGACGAAGUCUCACGGCCAGUCCCGGCUGUCGACGGCGAAGGGCUUCGGCACUAAAUCCCCGACUUGAUAGCCAAGCCGGCGCUCGGAGGCCACGCUCAACUUUUCCUGUUUGCUGUUCCACGCCUUCCGCUUGACCAUGUGGAUAUCCUCCCGCCAGGGUGAAGCUCCAUUGGACAAUUGGCGACACGGGACCAUGAUAAGGAGAAUACCCUGGACGACCCGCCACUAGCUCAAACAAAUCCAACCUUGAAGGAUUUAAAGAUACCUUUGUCCACCCUCCUCUGUCCCCUGGCUACCGUUAACUGGCUUCUUUCACCUUUCAUUGUGACUGUAUUCCUUCUGGCUCACAUAUUGAAGCCAAGACAGCAACGCUCUUUGUUCUCCGAGACCGAGUCACCCCGCCAACUUCCUCCUCUUCCGAAUAGACACAUAAACAAAUCCUCCAACAUGACCGUCCCUCAGAAGCGCCCCGCGGAGGACCUCACCGUCACCGCCCUCGACAACAGGAUAGCCGAGGAGCCCGCUCUCAACGGCCACAGCAACGGCGCCAACGGCCAUGCUGUUUCCUCUCUCCCUACCCUCGACGCCUCCAAGAUCACCAUCACCCGCGCCGACCCUAAUGCCCGCACCGUUCCCACCGAGGCCGAGGCCAACUCUGGCAACGAGACCAUCUGCACCGACCACAUGAUCACCGUCUCCUGGACCGCCGCCAAGGGCUGGGCCAACCCCGAGCUCAAGCCCUACGGCCCUCUCUCCCUCAUGCCCACCGCCUCCGUCCUCCACUACGCCACCGAGUGCUUCGAGGGCCUCAAGGCCUUCCGCGGCUACGACGGCAAGCUCCGCCUCUUCCGCCCCGACUGCAACGCCGAGCGCAUGCUCAUGUCCACCCUCCGUAUCUCCCUGCCAGGUUUCGACCCCAAGGAGCUUGAGAAGCUCAUCGAGAUUCUCAUGUCCGUCGACGGGCCAAAGUGGCUUCCCAAGGAGAGAGCCGGCUCCUUCUUGUAUAUCCGCCCCGCCGUGAUUGGCACACAGCCCCAGCUCGGUGUCCAGGCUCCCAAGGAAGCGCUUCUUUUCAUCACCGCCAGCUUCAUGCCGCGCAUGGAUCUGCCUGAGGGUGGUAUGAAGCUGCACACCAACCCCGAGGACAUGAUCCGCGCGUGGGUUGGCGGCUUCGGUUAUGCCAAGGUUGGUGCCAACUACGGACCCAGUCUGUUGGCCACUGCCGAGGCGAGGAGUAGAGGUUUCGGCCAGAUCUUGUGGCUGUAUGGACCUGAGGGAUACUGCACCGAGGCUGGCGCGAGCAACUUUUUCAUGCUCUGGAGGACAAAGGAGGGCCAGCUCCAGCUUGUCACGGCGCCGCUGGAUGAUAAGCUGAUUUUGGACGGUGUGACGAGACGCAGUGUGGUUCAGCUUGCGCGGGAGAGGCUGGCAGGUGAGCUGGAGGUUGUGGAGAGGAAGUACACUAUUGAUGAGGUGCUUGAGGCGGAUAAGGAAGGAAGGAUUGUGGAGGCUUUUGCGGCUGGUACUGCGUUCUUCAUCUGCCCCGUCUCCGAGAUCCACCACCGCGGCAUCGACGUCAAGAUCCCCAUGGGCAAGGAGGGCAAAAUUGGCCACUACACUUCUAAGCUCAAGGGCUUCGUCGGGGACAUCAUGUACGGCAACGAGCAGCAUCCUUGGGGUGUUGUCAUUCAGGAGCAGGAGUAGAGCAGUUUGUGUUUGAGGAGCAUUUUGCAUCUGCAUCAGCAUUUUGGAAUUUCAAAAGAGAGAGCAGGGAUACCAUAGAGGUGUCGAUAUGGGAUGUUGAGAGUGAACAGAGCAAAAGCGGGCGUUUGGGACAAGGGAAAAAGAGCAGGGUUCUUGUUUGGCAUUAGCAUCGUAGCUGUUGGACUGGUUGGGACAGGAGGUUAAACUUCCUCUCUAUUUUGAAAUGAAUAAAAACAUUGAAAAUUCU